AAAUCAAAUCUGAAAACAAAAUAUAAUUCUUAUCAGAUAAGAAAUAAAAUUUAAAAACAAAGUUGUAAAAUUGCAAAGUUUUGGUUGUAAGCAAGAAAAUAAUGUUGCAUUGAAAUGGUAAAGUGUCUAGUGAUUGUUUUGUGGAGUGGAGCCAGACAUUGAAAUCCUGUUUUUGUGUACAACAAUAAUAAAAGCAAACCAGCAACAACAACGACAACUACAAACACAACAAUAAAUCAUACAGAAAAGUCUAUGUUUGUAUUCCUUUCAUCCUAUAAGUAAACUAAGUGCAGCAGUGGCAGCAGCCAGUCAGUCCUGCUAGUGAGUGUAGAAUCCAAACAAAAUUUUCAGUGUGUAUACAACAAUAACAAAUAACGAAGUGUAGCAGCAUAUAUAACUCCCAUUCUUUAUCCUGGCGUUUGUGUCGUUUUGGGGUUCUUUGGCAAAUAUGUUGUCCUUUUGUGUGUGUGGACAUAGUCGUUUUUGUUGUUAUUUCUAAAGUUCUAAAGGAAAUGUGCGUUUUGUGACAAUAAAAACAACAACUAAAGUAGUUUUCUUGCUUGCCCAUUGACUUUAACCGUACGCUCUCCCGCUCUCUUGCUUUUUUUUAACAGAAAUAAACUCACGGGGUUGUUUUUGUUGUAUGUCGCGAAACACAGUAAGAUAACGUUGGGAGGAAGAAAAACAAAAACAAUAAGUUCAGCAACAUUAGAGCAUAAUCAACGCCAUUGUUGUUCGGCAAUUCUUCAAUUUUUCAAUAGCAGCAGCAGCAGCAACAACAUUUGCUAACCAAAACAAAAACACAGCCAGUGAAGGAGAGAGAGACAAAAUAAAUGCUUUGAAAUUCAGUAUUUUGAACAAUACGCGCGCGAUAUUUAGUUCAUAUACAAACUCUCUGCCUGCCACCCCCUUUUAUAAGUAUUGGUUAUAAUAUUUGUGCGUUAGUUCGUUCACACACGAACUCACUUGAACCAGAAAAAGGCUUCUUUUAUGUGAUCGUCAGAACACGGAGUUUUGCUUGCUUGUGUGUUUCGUUUCUUCACAGUGAAUAUAAAAACGCGUAAAUUCUGUGCUGUAUAAAACUGCGACAUGAGCAGGAAUAGGGGAGGAAACGCUUAAUUACGCCCCUGUCGAUUUUACGGCAUCAGCUUCAUCAUAACAAAUAAUAGUCUCGUUAGCAUCUCUUCUUGUACCAUGCUGUAUGCAAGCCACACGGCGGUAUGGAUUAAACAAACUCCCCUCUGCAGCACCACCGUCAGCAGCAACCGCGCUGCCACAGCAACAACACUGCAAAAUAUCUUUUGAAGUAUUUGACAGCUACUGUCAAAAAGUGCAUGUAAUAAGGAAUUCAUAAUAGAAGCAUAUGGAAAACAAUCUGCAAAGCUAAAGGAAUCGAAUGAAAUAAAAGAUACGCACAUUAGGAUUUACAAACAACCAGCGCCAAUAGAAGUGAAAAGCCAAACGACAUAAACGAAAUUCAUUCAACUUAACAUUCACUUGAAACUGCAGCAGCUCAAGGAAAAAAGCAAACAAACAAAAAUCGAAAAAAAAAAACAACAUCCAAUUUCGAUACGACAAACGAGUAGAAAUUUAUUACCAUUCCUUCGAAUAGACUGUGUGAAUAUCAAUUAAUCAAUUAAAAUGUCUCGUCAAUUGUUAUUAUUAACAUUUUGCAAUAUUCAAACGACUUAAGAAGUUACAAUUUGUCAACUUCUUCAAAAGAAAAUUGAGGAAAAAAGCAUUUGCAAUUCGAUAUAUGAAAAAAGAGAGCAAACAAAAACGCGAGUGUUUUGCAAUUCGUUUUGGCCUUUUAAAUCCAUGAUUGCCUUCGCCCAAGGAAUCGUUGGAAUUGUCAAUAUAAAGAAAACGCAAUUUCGUUAACCAACAAAAGUCUGUAUUAAAUGUCAAUUAGCUAGAAAAGGCAAAAUUUCAAAUACAGGAAGCGCCAAUUAUUCAACAUUUGAGCAAGCAAUACACAUCAGCAGCAACAGCAGCAGUAACAGCAUCACAAUGGAUAUGAGCAUGGAACGUGAUAGCUCCGCUUUGGGGAGUCUAUUCCAACAGAUCAUCAAUGAUAUGAAGAAUACCUCACCUCUGUGGGAGGAUUUUGUUGCCAAGGCCAGUAAAUUACAUGCUUGUUUAAGAGCGGCCAUACAAGCCAUAGCAUCAUAUUUGGACGCCUUCCAAAAAAUCGCAGACGCAGCAACAAAUUCAAGAGGUGCUUCAAAGGAAAUUGGCACAGCUCUGACCAGAGUUUGCCUAAGACAUAAGGCGGUAGAGACACGCCUCAAAACAUUUACAGCCGCAAUUAUGGACUGUCUGGUACAACCAUUACAAGAAAAAUUAGAAGACUGGAAACGUUCGGUAGCGACCAUAGAUAAGGAACAUGCCAAAGAAUACAAACGCUGUCGCACCGAACUGAAAAAACGUUCCACAGACACAUUACGCCUUCAAAAGAAGGCUCGCAAGGGACAAUCGGAUACCUUGCAAUCGUUAAUGGACUCCCAUAUGCAGGAUGUCACCUUGAGGCGAGCAGAAUUGGAAGAGGUGGAAAAAAAAUCACUCCGAUCUGCCAUGAUUGAGGAGCGCAUGCGCUAUUGUAAUUUUGUGCACUUGCUGCAACCAGUGGUAAAGGAAGAAUGCGAAGUGAUGUCCGAAUUGGGUCAUUUACAGGAAGCCAUGCAAUCCAUUGCUUUGGUUACCAAAGAACCCCAUAUUUUACCAGCUGCCAGUGAGGAAUUAAUACAUGAUGCCAAAGCAUCUAUAAUUCUAUAUCCUGAAUCACCAAGUACUAGUGGAGGAGGUGGCGGUUCUCUAUCCCAAGGUGGUUGUUCAAACUCAUUGGGUUCACGCAAAUCAUCAGUGUGUUCUAUAAGUUCCAUGAAUAGCAGUGGUUCCAGCAAUUCACCCGGUCAUCCUCACUAUCCACGAUCAUUGUCACAGUUAAUUUCGCCUUCUAUACGCCUAAAACCUGGUGAAUCCAGUGAUAGUGGCUUUUGCUCAUCGCCAGCUUUAACAACACAGGCCUCUUCUUUGGCAAAUCCUUCGCACGCUGUCACCACUUGGCCCACACACUCACAGGAUGCUGUUGACCUAACACCCAAUGCCACAGAUCGUCCUCACACCAUAUCUUCGGCCUAUGAGAAGGGCCAUCAAAGGCCUCCCUUGACUGUUUACACUUUCCAAAAUCCCGAAACUAUACACGAAGGUGGUGGCGUAGCAAAUGCCAGCAGCAAUGGUGGCAGUUCUUCAGGACAAAAUACUCCUUCAACUCAAAAAUCGCCGGGCAGUGCUUUAAAUCGCCCCCCACUACCAGUGAAACCAGCUCAUGUGCGCUGUUCAUCUCUGGAGCGUCCUUUGGUUGCCAACAAUAAUCGUGGCAAUGGUCCAAAUUUAAUGCAACGCCAGUGUCCAUCCCCAAUACCGGCUCAUGUAACAAAAGAGCUAUCAGCCCAUCUUGCUCAGCAGCAUUUGCAACAGCAAUCACAGCAUCAGCAGCAGACCCCAAUGCCACAGCAGCAACAACAGCAAAGCUCCCCGCCCACUUAUGUUAAUAUGUCCGAGUUGGCCAAUAUGGCCGCCAUGAAAAUAAACAAUCUACAACAACAACAACAACAACAGCAGCAACAGCAACAACUAUCAUCUCCACCAUCAUCAUCAUCGGCAUCCCAGCAACAAUGCAUGUUGCAACAGCAACACUCCAUAGAUUCCAUAUCAUCCAUACACUCCAAUGACUCUAAUCAAUCACCCCUACAACACCAACACCUUCAGCAACAACAACAACAGCACAACAACAAUCAAACACCUUUACAUCAACAGCAUCAUCAUCAUCCCACAACAACACAACGCUCACAUUCCUCGGGCUCGAUGACACCAUCGUUGUAUUCACAUCCCUCCAUUGAUUCGACGGUGGCCACACCCCCCAUAGGUCAAACGCCCACCCAUUCGAGCGGCAGUUCGACACCCCAAAAUCACUACUCACCGCUGUUGAACAACUCGCUAUCGUCGACGGCCGCUGGCACACCAAGUGGAUCGAGCAUUGCCAGUGGCGGCAUGUCCAUGAGUGGGGGUGCUGCUGGUGUUGUGGGAGGCGGAGGCCUUGGCAGCGGUUCGGGCAACAAUAGUUUCGUCUAUAAUGUUUGUUCGCCCACACCUCCGCUUAGUGCAAAUUCCUCGCAGUCCAGUGAUGUCUUGAAAAUCACCGAAAACGAUGGUACCCACCAACACCAUCACCAAUCCCCACCACCAACAACUUCUACUAAUAAUCAUAGCAAUAGUAGCGUUAGUGAGUCCACCAACACAGCACAGUCACAGCCAUUGGCCAAUGCUAACACUUGUAGUUCAUCAAACUCUUCCUGUGGUAAUACUCAAGAAAUUUCUACUCCCCAUUCAGCGGACCCGGACACUUCUUCGGGUAUUGUGGUGGAGAAUGAUGAACGUUCACGUGCAUCGGUUUUGCAAAAAGCUUCCAUGUUUGAGAAACAAGCGGCUGCAGCCGUUAAGAGUACACCCACGCCCACUACCUCGUCUGGGGGGGUGGGUGCUUCCUCCUCAUCGGCUGGUGCGGCUUUUGGGGGGGCUCGUCACUCACCAGUUGUGGCAGAGAGCGGAAUUUAUGGUACACGCACCAGCAACACAAACAAUCAUCACCAUGCACAACAACAAUCACAGACUCCUAUUGAUCCUCAGGAUGUGGACAAAUGUUUCGAAGAUUCCUUACAAGAGUUAAAUAAUUUAAUUGGCGAAUUAGAUUCUUUCCAACGUGAAAUAGAUGCCGGCAAGGAGCAACAGCAACAGCACCAUCACCAAGCUCAGCACCAUACGAAAAAUGUAAAAAAUUUCUACGAUGGUUUAGAUUCCUACAAUUGCAACGAGACCAUGACAAUAAUCACCGAUGAUAACAGCACCACCAUCAUAUGUGAGUCGCAACAAGAGAGGCAGCAACAUCCCCAGCUGCAACAACAUGCAGGCGACAAAGAUUUCUGUACGGCCAGCAAUCAGACCAACAGCAGUGGCUGCGGCACUGACAUAUCCGAUACCACCUCUGAGGACUGUAAUGCCGAUUCACGUUCCCUCACCAGCCAGACAGGUGUGGCGGUGAUGAAGAAUAACCUGAAGACCCUGUCGGGCGGAGCCUAUAACAGUGAUUCCGAAUUGAGUCGUUGUUAUGUGAGUGAGACCAGCUCAAUAAUGGGUGGAGCCGGGGAUGGCUAUGAAAAUCCCACCUUUGCCCAUUUCGCAGUCUCCUCCACUUCGGGAUCCCAGUGCUACGAUGAUAAUCGCUCCGAUACUUUGUCCCUGCAACGUCAUGGUGGCUAUUCGGACAAUCUGAGUGAUAGUGGCAGUAAUGUGGUGGUCAUCUAUGACCAUCAACCACCCAUGACGCCGGACAUAGACUAUGCCAAACAGAAUUCAGAAAUUGUUAUGCUGCGAACGAAACCCCAGCAAUAUCCCAUGGGUCACUAUGAUCAGCUGGAGAUGAGGGAAUUACAACAAUUACCCACUAAUCUGACCGAACUGCCAACUUCUCCCAAUGAGUCGCCCGAACACACAACGAAUAUGGUGCAUGUGGCUACAGUGCAGCCGGCUAAGCAGCGCCUCUCCUCCUUUCGGGCUUCGAGUGAACAAUUACAGCUGCUGACCUCAAACACUACCUCGGCGACAAACCCUAAAGGUAUGCAUUCAAAUCAUGUUAGUAGUAAUCGUAAUAGUUGUGGCAAUACCAAAACUUUGGGCCAUGGCCAUGAUAAUGCUGCAGCUGUGACUGCAGCAACAACAACUGCACCAGCAACUGUGCUAGCCCCAGCACCACCUCCUCCUAGUGGCGGGGGUGAUUGUCUUAUGCGUAAGAAAUUACCACCAAAACCUCCAAGUCUGUCAGUGUUCCAGGCCAAUGUCAGUUCCCAGGCGAAUGGCAUUGACACAGGCGCCAGCAAUGUUAACGGCAAUCGUCGCAGUUUGAAGCUGAUCCCACCACCCGGUGGGGUGAAAUUAGAUUUCAAAAGUGAUUUAGAGGCUAAGAUUUUAAAACAAAAAGAGAAAUUAAAGAAGCAACAACAACAACAACAGUCAACCACAACAACAUUACAAAAUCCAAUAGCAACAACAACACCCCAACAAAUAAGUGGCCCCAACAAUGUUAGCAACAAUCACCAACACACGGGCCACAGCAAACAACAUCACAGUAUUAAUUCUAUGACGUCGAAAGCCUCGUCUGUGCCACCAUCUCCCUCAUCAUCGUCAUGUUUUAAGCCAUCGUCAUUAAAUGUUGUUACGCCACCUCUACCACCUCCUUUACCGCCUUCCCAACAUCACCACUACAAUGGUGGGCAAUCAUCUUCUAUGUUGUGUAAUACCACCACUACCACCACCACCACAUCCCUCGCUCCUUCCAUGUUAGCAACUAUCGCCAAGCCGAACAUUACGCCCAGACCAGCUUCAUUAUCGUCGGGAUCUACACGUAUAGCCAGAAGAUCUUCGGUAAAUACUGCCAAACCACCACCACCUGUAAGACGAAGUUCAUCGGUAACACCUAGUCCAAAUACACCCACAACGCCAACCAAUUCAAGUGCAACAAAUUUAUUGCAUCAACAAACGCAUUCGUUAAAUACGUCCACGGAAAAUCUACCACCACCGCCAGCAUAUCUUUUAGAUGGACGUGCAAUACCAAUACCACCAACUAUACCCCCAGCUGGUAUACCUAACUCUUCGUUAAAAGUUUCGGAUACGGUAAAAGCUUUAGCAGCUGGCCUAAGGCAUCAACCAGCUUCACCUCAGACCCUUAGGCGUUUGCAACAGCAACAACAACAACAACAGAUACAGUUACAACAAAUGGCUACAUCGCCACCUCCAGGUUUACCAAACCAAAACCAAUCCAUGUUACAGCCACCAAAACAAUACCAUCACCAAUACACCAAAUCUUCUCCGGUGCUACUGUCACCAACCAAAAAGUCAAGAACGCCCACCCCUCCAACACCACCCUUAACCCAGUCCAAUUUAAUAACUGAUUUGGAUGAGACCCCACCACCUUUGCCUCCACCCAAUCCCCAUCACCAAUACUCCACAAACCAACACUACAACCACAACCAACAGCAGUUAAGCUAUCAACAGCAACAACAGUUGCGCAAUAAUCAACAUCAUAUGCAACAGCAGCAGCAACAAGAUUAUUACAACAAUGGUGAAACCAUUUAUGGUACAAAUUCACCAACAUCAUUUCGCACUUCAUCGCCCGGUGGUAUAUAUGCACAACCGAAAAUUCUAAAUAAUAUGUCUAGUUUUCGUACCACCAGUCCUGGACCGAAUGGUCAUCAAACACCAACACAGUCACAUGUGCCAGCUCAGCCAAAAACUAAUCCAAAUCUUAUAGCUCAACUAAAUGCACGCUUAAACAGUAAACAACAGACCACCUCAGCCAAUGAAGCAAUCUAUGGGGUCUCACAGCCUCAAAGCAGGGAUCGCAAUGAAGAUAUCUACAUGCGCAAUUAUGGACAACAAGCAACACAACAACAUCAUCAAAUGUCGCCACACGUUUCACAGCAGCCGCAGCAGCAAACCUACGACGCUGCUACCCAUCAUCAGCAUCAUCAAACGCAACAACCGACGCAACAGCGACAGCCCUUGUCUCAGUCCAACCAACUAACGCCAGGUCAACAGCAAACUGCUGCAUCACUUUAUCAGAGUGGUGGUGUUGGUGGUGGCCAUCACCAUCAACAGCAACAUUACACUUGCCCUCCGCCGCUUGAAGAUCCUCCUCCGCCACCCAUCCAUAGUAACAAUAAUUCGGCCACUAUGCCCAAGCGUAAUGGCAGCAAUAAUCAUCACAAUCAGCCACAGCAUACACCACCAUCCCAUUUGGCUUCAUAUGCGGCGGCCUCCUCGGCCUCCACCUUGCCUAGAAAUAUGAUGCAACAGCAACAACGUUUACAGUUGCAGCAGCAGCAGCAACAACAACAACAACAAGGACAUUAUGGCACUACUCAGGCAGUCCAACAGCAACAAUAUCACGCUCCGGGCGCCAUUUCAGGCGGCCAUCCACAGACUCAACAACAAUAUCAAUCGCCACAGAGCAUUAGCCAGAGACCACCAAUGCCCUUACCACAUCACCCUCCCCAAACGGCACCAGCAGCCCCAACGGCUGGCAAUAGGCAGAGGACUUCUUCAUCAUCAUCAAUGGCUUCCACCAAACAACAGCAACAGCCACAACAACCGCCAAUACCCUCUCGCCAUUCCAGUGUGCAACAGAAAAUAUUUGUGGCCACCAAUCCGUUCAUACAGACCACUACGAUACACUGCCAAUCUCCGGGUGCUACAUCAUCCGUCCAUUCACAACCGGCCUCGCCAAUAUGUAACUCGCCCACACCCUCGUCCGUGGCCAGUAUAUAUGGAACGAGCAGUCGCCGAAGCAGUGGCACUUCUGGAGGUGGCAUAAGCGGUGGCUCGCACUACGAUGGUGGUUCCAUGUAUUACAACAAUCAUCACCACCAACAUUCGUCCUCCUCUACGUCCAACAAUACAAAUUAUACCAGCACAAAUGUCGAUAAAUCUGGUAUCACACGAGCGAAAGCUAAAGCUGAAUUCUUAGAAAAUCUCAAUCAAAAAUUGGCAAAACAAAGUCUAUCGGGUCGAGCCUUUGCUGUACGUAAUUUAAUUAAUAGCAAAGCUUUGCCGGAUCCUCGUAUCUGUCAUGAGUCCUUGAUGGAUCAAAUCAAACGUGGGGCAACAUUGAAACGCAACCAAAAAAUAAAUGAUCGCAGUGCUCCGAAAAUCUAUUAAAAAGAAAAACUUGUUCAACAAAACCAAUGGUCUGUCUGUGGCCAGCUCUCGCUCUCUCUUAAUAAUCUUUAUAUACAUACAAGUAUCCAGCUGCCGAUCUGUUUGGAAGUAAACAAUCGUAUCCAUAUCUAAAGUUUAUAUAACUAUUAUUAUUAUAAUAAUGAUUACAUAUAUAUAUUUAUAAAUAUACUAUAUUUAUGUGUGUAUGUGUUGCUGUAAAGGAAGUCAACAGUCUCCUCUAAUUCUAAAAAAACAAUAUACCGCCAUGCGGUUCAAAUUUUUUUUUUUAUAUAUAUACAUACUUUUACAUAUUAUUAUAUUAAGAGCUCUAGAAUUAUUAACAAAAUUUUACAUAAAACAAAAAAAGAAAAACGCCGCAACAAAAAACAAUAACAAUAAUAAUUUAAACUAAAAAAAGAAAAUAUCCCCCCCCUAAACAUAUGAAAUAAAUUAAAUUUUGAAAAAAACGGAGUUUAAAUAAAAGUUUGAAACUAUUUUACAAUUGAACUCACAACAACCGGAUAUGAAAAAAACAUAACAUUUUUUUUUAAAUAAUUUAAUUAAUAUUAAUGCUACUAUACUAUAUAUACAUAUAUUAUAUUUAUGAACAAAAAAUUAAAACGAAAACAAAACAAAAUUUGAAAACAUCAACAUCAUAUGAAUACCUUGUAUUAAUUUAUAAUCUUUACAAAACAACAACUUCAAGCAAUUGAGCAUCUUACAUACAUAUAUUUUAUUUGUCUACAUAUACACCAUUACUCGAAAAAGAAAAAAAACAACCCAAUACUAAGCAAAGGCAAACGAAAUUAAAAAAAAAUACAAGUAAGUUUAAAAAUAAUGAAAAUUUAAAAACUUAUAGAAUUGCUAAUAAUUCAUUACAAUACUAAAAAGCCCCAGAAAAUGGCGAAAAUGGAAAACUUCAAACAAAAAACUAUAAGGAAUGGAAUAAUUUUAAGUUCAAAAAUUUUUUUUUUUGUAAUUUAUUGAGAAUUUUUUCCUUUUUUCUAACUUAGCCUACUUUGCAAAACGGCUUAUCUUUAUAAUUACCAAAAUGUUUUUUUUUUUUGUAGCAAUUAAGAAAAUGUUUUGUUAAUUUCUUUUGAAAAAAAAGCUAUUACAACUACCAUUAAUCCCAAAUAUACUAAUAACUUUAAGUUUUCUUUAUGCUAUUAUUCUCUCGAAUUUAGAACUUUUUUCUUUUUCUUGUUAACUUAGUACCACACAACACUUUAUUUCUAUACGAAUUUUGUUUUUUUUUAUAAUUUUUUUUUGUUUUGUUAUUAUUUUUUUUUUUCAUGUAGUAAAACUUUAUAAACUCCAUUGUAUAUAAAUUUAAUAAUUUAUUGAAUUUAAAAUAAUUUUAUCGUUUUUUUUUUCUUCAUUUGUUUGUUUUCUUUAUAACCAAGUCCCCCUUAAGCUAAAUACCAUUUAUCUAUAUAUAAUCAUACAUACAUAUAUCAUAUGAAACAAUAUAUGCUUGAAUGAAUUAAUCA